AAACCUACAGGGGAAAUUAUGUAAUUAAACACAACAAAUAAAACAUCCAGGACAGAAUUAUAAGAGAUCAAACUAAAAGUUGAAUUCACAAGCACUUCAUGCAAUAAAAUUGGAGGUUGUCGUUGUCUGGCUGGGUUGGACAAGAUGGGGAUAUUAAUAUUAUGAACUCAUUAGCUUUUUUUGGUUGGAGAUGGCAAGGGCAUUUGCAGUUGGUGUUGGGAAUUGGUGGAGCCAUUCCAAAACUGUGAUUUUAAUUUGGUGUAUUUGCAUCUUCUUCUACAUCUUUUUCUUCCAUAUGACUCUCCAAAAUUCCUCUUCUUCUUCGUCUUCAGAUAAAUAUUCGGAGCAGCGUUCAAGGUUGUAUGAUAAAAUGGAAAGGGAUUUGGAUGAGCGUGGAGCAGCUUUCCUCAAACACGGUGAAACUUCUCAGUCACUGUCGCUCUCGGAUAUUUUCACCCUUAAGGAUGGAUCUGUAACACCUGUGCUCAAGGCUGCAAACCCUCCUGUCCGGGCUAAUGUUUUGUAUCUUAGCCCAGAAUACUCGGUGCCCAUCUCGGACAAUGUAAAGAAUACAUUUAGUUCAUACUUUGAUAAAGUUUGGUUUCAGAACUCUAGUGUAUACCAUUCUAGCAUGUUUCAUGCCUCACAUCAUAUUGAACCUGUUCCUGCCACUGAAGAUGAGAUCGAAGCUGAAGUAAAUGCUGUCAAAGCUGUUGCAGACUCCCUCUGCCCCUUAAAAAUUGUCUUGGAUAGAGUGGUUUUGACUUCAACUGGCGUGCUUCUGGGAUGCUGGCAGCCACCAAAGAAGCAGCUUGUUCCUAUGCUUCUCAUUACAAUGGUGAUUGUGAUAUCCAAGCCUCUUGGAAUGGCCCCUUUUCUGCUCUUAAACAGUGCUGAAGAGAUUCUAUGUUGGCAUGGAAGUUGUCAUCACAUUCAAAAUGGUGGAUCCUGCCCAACAUACAAAAUGCCGAGGGUGAUCUCUGGAACAGAUCCCUUAGCCAUUCGGGCUAAACUGAAAACUGCACUUCCACAUGCCCCAAAGAAGCAACUCUAUGAUGAUGCUAUUCUACACACAUCAUUUGCAAGGCUUUUGGGUCAUCCUAAAUCUCCUCCCAUGGAGCCUUUAGAUGAACUCCGAUUUUUCCAUGAGCUUGUUGCCAAACUAAACGAUAAAAUCCGUGGAUUUGAGGCAGUUGUUUCUGAACUCUGGUAUGUGGAGGAAUAUGAUGUGUUAGCGCUUGCUUUGGACGGAAGAAUGAAGGUCAGCAGGUUCAAACUCGGUUGCAGCAGAACCUAAGGUUUCUUGUUCACAAAUAUAAGUGAGAAUUAAUGAAGCAUAUUUACCAAACGAAUCAACAUACAGGUUUGUAUACACUACACUGGACUUUGGGAUGCUUUGUAAUCACCGUCUCUAUAAAGCCUCUGCAUUUCAGCUUCUUUUAAGAGUGCUAUGUUGAAAUUCCCAACCAUCCACGACUUGGUUUUUAACUAAUCAUUGUCGCCUGUGUAUAUCAUGCAACAGUUUUAAUCUAAAUCGACAAGAGAAUGCAUGAAAUACAAAUAUUACUUGUUUCCCUUUUAUUUUA